GCGCCCCUGGCGGCGGCAGCGGGCGCGGCGGUGGCGAUGGCGGCCGCCUCGGUGUGGAAGGGGCUGGUGGGGAUCGGGCUCUUCGCUCUCGCCCACGCGGCCUUCUCGGCGGCGCAGCAUCGUUCUUAUAUGAGAUUAACAGAAAAGGAAGAUGAAACGUUGCCCAUAGAUAUAGUUCUUCAGACUCUGCUAGCCUUUGCAGUCACCUGCUAUGGGAUAGUACAUAUCGCAGGAGAAUUUAAAGACAUGGAUGCCACUUCAGAACUAAAAAAUAAGACGUUUGACACGUUAAGGAACCACCCAUCAUUUUAUGUAUUUAAUCAUCGGGGUAGAGUGUUGUUCCAGUCCCCAGACACAGUGAAUUCUUCUUCAAACCAAGAUGCUUUGUCAUCCAGCUCGUCACUGAAAUUCCGAAAACUUGAACCUCUGCGCCGCUAAGACUUUUCCAGCUGAUGGUGAUGAUCCUGGACACUGAGAUGUAACAUUCAAGUCGGGGAUGUAAACACUUUUUUAAUUUCUGGAGCAGUAUUUAUAUUGAUCUUCCAGACUUUAUAAAGUAUAUAUAUAUAUAUAUAUAUAUGUAUAUAUAUAUAAACUAAAGGACCUUCUUUGUACACUGUUAAUGAGAGUGACUGAAUUGUGAAUUGGCAACUCAGUGUAAAUCAUCCCACAGUUCUGCUGUGAAACACAUCUUCAAAUUUUCAUAUAUUAAACCAAGUUGCAGCUGACUUAACUUCAGUUCACACAAAAAGCAAGCUGGUUUUUACCAUGGUUAAUGUUCUUUGGCAAGAGGGAAGGUUUGAGGGCUAUUUAUGUUCUGAGUUUGCUUGCACUACAGUCCAUGGAACUCCUUCGGAGCCGCUGUGUGCUGCAUCCAUCCCUUCACAGCAGCCAAGGGCAGUGUCUCCUGCCCCUCGAAUGCCUGGGGCACCUGUGUGGUGUAGGCAUAGCAAGGCAAAAAGAUCCUUUUCAUUUAUCUUUUUUUUUUUUUUACAAUGCUGAAAAACAGUUAUGUUGGGGUUUGGGUUUUUGGGUUUUUUCCCCCUUAGUUUUUCUUUACCAUGUUCUCUCCUUGCUGCCCUCCUUGGUUUAAAUCUAAACUGCCCUGUGUUGCCUCAGGUUGCCUGGGAGGCAGCCGUGCCUGGGCUGUGGGGAGGCCCCACACUCAGCUUCUUUGCCCACUGCAUUUCUGUUCUCUCUGGCUGUGAAUGUCCAUCAGAUGGCUGAACGCUGCGUUGGCACCAGGGACAAGUUCCAGAGUCACCUUCUGUGAGAUGACUGUGAGAUUUGUAAGAAAUGCGCCUCCUGGCAUGGCCUAGUGGCUGUGCCUGUGGGCUGGCACUAACCCAGCCAGGUAGCCAGCACUCAGGGUACAACUACCCUUUUCUGCCAGCAGAACCUUUCAGUUUGAUUUCGUUUUUUUCCCAGCUGAGCUCUUUGUUGAUUUAAGAUAACGGUCUCCAUUUCCUGUAUUAGAUGAUACUAAUGUCUAAAUUCCCACCUCCCCUUAGGGGCUAAAUCAAUGCUUGAAUUUCUCUUGGUCUGGCAUUUCACUUACCUGACGUGGCGGAGGCAAGUUCAACAUUCUGAUGGGGGCAACUAGGAUUUUGGUGCAGUCUGAGGAUGUCUCACUGCUGCGGUGGAAACUCAGCCUUUUAUUCCAGCAUCUGCUUGCUUUGGGUUUUGUUUUUUAAACUGCAAGAGCUGUCAAAGGCAAAAAGCUUAGUGAAGAAUACUGUAAACUGAAGGCCCUUUUCUAGCUCUGCCCGUCCUAUGGAGGGGGUGCCCCAGUGCUGGAGCAGUAACUGCAGCUGCUGCUCUACAGUCACUCAAGUAUCUGGGUUAGGUUAGAAAGGGUUAACUCUGCUGAAAGCACUGGAGCUGCAGGAUCUGGUCCUCCCCCCUGCCCCCACUUCAGUGGUGUCACAAAUGAGCUCCUGCCAGCUGCUGCCACCAAAGGCCUCCAACAUAGUGUCAGGUCAGCUCUGUACUGCAGACAGAGCUCUCCGUGGGGAAGAGGCUAAUGUGCAGGAGCUGCUGCAUGGAGGAGAGGGCUGAACGUUGGGCAGGUGACCUUGUGCAGCACAGAGAAAAGGCAGAAUCAGUAGCGAGAGGGAGGAAGGACCAAGGCACAGGGUCCAUAACUGCUGUACCAGACUGAUCCUGCCCCUGUGCUGGGCAGUGUGCCCUUUGCAGAGGGUGCCUCAGAGCAGAGCUGCUCACCCUUCACUGAAGAGCCCCAUUUGUGCCAGGAUAAGGCCACGUGGAGCUGCCCAAGGGGGAAAGUGCUGCUGUGGGCCGGGGGCAGCGGAGCAGGAGCUGCCGCGGGGCUCUCGCUGCUCCUGCCACGUCACCUUACUCUGCAGCAGCAAUGGGUAUAGCACAAAGCUGUACAAAUUAUUUUUUCUUAUUGAUCUUGCAAUGUCCAAUAAAAAUUGAUAUCAAG